GAUGGGAAUACGCCCCUCUCCUGUGCUGCAAUCAAAGGUCAUGAGUUUGUGGUUGUGCAAAUUUUGGACCGGAAAGAUGUCGACCCGGACAAGCCAGACAACGAAGGCAGGACUCCUCUCUCCUGGGCUGCUGAGAUCGGUCACGAAGCAAUAGUGAAUUUACUGUUGAAACGACCCGAUGUUGACCCCGACAGAAUGGACAAAAGUUUACAUACACCACUCUAUUAUGCGUCUCAGAAGGGGCAUGAAGAAGUU